UGGCCGAGACAGCCUCUUCAAGUGGCCGACAACAUUCUGGCCAGCAGAGACGAGAUAGCAAAUCUGUGCAUACUAAAAUUGCUUAUUAUUCCGUGCUUUUCGGGCCUGGUUGGCAUUCGAGCCUACUCGCCUCCUCACUUCUCCAUCAUCCGCGCAUACGUCUCGCAUGAUUUGGCCAAGUCUUCUUCACUGCUCACCUGUCCGUGGCUUGAUGGUGGAGGCCGGUGCUGCCAAGGUCCGAAAGUAGACCACACAAUUCGGUGCAUCGCUCCAAAGAAGGCACUCUAA